AUGAGGCGUGCCGAUUGGGUGAGAACGCUAGCCUCCAUCCCCUCCCUCCCUUCUCCCCCUCGCGCCGCCUCCUCCAUUCUCUCCCGUCGCUGCUCCUCCCCCUCGCGCCGCCUCUCUCAUCCUCUCCCGUCGCUGCUGCUCUCCCUCGCGCCGCCCCCAGCCUCCUCACCUGGACACGGCGACCAUGAGCGCCAGCGAGAGGAGGAAGGCUGGCGGCUGGGCGCUGCCGUACGAGGGGCCCGGCGGCCACCUUUGCGCGUGGGACGCCCUGCGCCGUCACCACCGACGCCGGGGCCACCUCUGCGCAUGGGACGCCCUGCGCCGUCACCACAGACGCCGGGGCAAAAAGGACACGGCCGUCCUCUCCCUGCGCGCGCUCCCGCCCUCUCCGCCCGCGGCGCCGCCGUCCUCCUCCGGCGCUUCCUCCUCGUCGGCUCCUUCUCGCAGCCCUCGCCUCCCGCACGCCGCCAUCUCCCGGCCGUCCUCGACCACGUCCUCUGGCGCCGGCCGCUUCACCGAGCUCCCCCGCCAGCAGAUCGACGCCGCCGGGCCCGUCCACCCCGUCUCGCCGGCGCCCAGCUCAUCCCCGGCCUCCGGCUCACCUCCGCCCACGUCUCCAUCGCGGCUGAUGGGAGAAGGGUCAAUCGCCGGUGUCGGCCUGCGCCGGCGAGGUCGAACGAGACCUGGCGGUUGGCGGCAGCUCGAUCCACUCCUCCAUCGGGAGCUGCGAGCACGCUGGGGCUCAGGCGCGAUGCAUGGGAUGCUGCGCUCUGCCUCUUCCUCGCUCAGCAAGAGGAGCAUGUGCAGCGCGUGGUGCGGCAGACGGCGGUGUGGUGGGCGGACGGUGGCCUCAGCGGCUGGGCAAAAACAGCUGCACCUGGUGCUCUACCGCACGUGAACUGUCAAGUUGCUGCAACUGGUGGUGGUGUGUCUGUUAAUACAUCUGUCAUACCUUGCUAUAUAUGCUUGGCACUAUAUGCAGUGGAUAACCCAAACAUUGUGACCGUUUCAUCAGUUGUGAGCUAUCCCUGGAUUUGGUGAGGGAAUGGAUGGAGGAGCAUGAGGAGAGGGAUCUCACCAUCAGCGGGCUCGCCAAGUACUUGCCUUGAAGAUGGUAAGUCUGACGGAACCAGCCCCUGAUUUUGAUUCUCGUUCCUUCCAUACUAUCCAUAAAAAGAUAUCCAAUUAUGUUAACUCCGGCAAUGUUAAACUGGUUGUUUCCUUCUUCUGAUUCCACCGACUGAAACAACCAGUCGCAAAAAGAAAAAAAAAGUGUUUGAUUAUCAUCAAGGUUUCUGCAAUCGCAGUGGUUGGUUCGAACUUGUUUGGUCCAUUGAGCAGCAUGAUACUUAGUUCGAUGAGGAGGGCCACCCAUCUGUAGUGGAGGUGGCGUGUUUGUGAUGUCUCCUCAUACCGCAACGCAUUUCCGCCUCAGGUAACCCACAUCUUGGUGCCAUACUCCAAUUUGUUUCAUGGUUGUGUUGUAGACUGCAGCUGUGGCACAGAUUUGAGUAAAUUGAUUGUUGUGCAGAUUAGAAUAUGAAAUUUGUGUGCUCCUGUAAGUAAAUUUGCAUUGUGCAAAUAGGUUAGAAUUGAGGGGAUGGGUAGAACUAGAUGUGUCCUAGGUAUCUGCACAGUAGUUUUUGUUGCCUUCCUUAGCUUGUGGGUACCUGGUUUUUUUCUGUCGAGGAGGACCGAUUUGGCCUUAUCUAUCCGUAGUGCUAAUUUACAUACUGAUUUCGUCAUGAUAUAACUUGAUGCUUAGACUAAUUUGUUUUGCUGGUUUAAUUCUGGUUAAAAGUGUGAGGCUUUGGUGAGAUUCCGGUUUCAGUAGGUGAUUUUAUCGUUAAAUGAUUGUGUGUGUGACAUUUGCAGAACUAAUGUGGUUAAGGUUCCAUCUUGCAGCAGGAGGGGUUCAAGGGCAAUUAUCAAGUGAUAGGAAACAACUUUUCAGGGUGAUUAGUACUUCAUUCUGAUUCAGCUGAAUGGUCCAGAGGUUCAUUCAUUUCUGUUACUAGCUUACAUGUUGAACAUCCAUAGUUUUUUUGUUCUUUUUAUUCGGUUCAAGUAGUCAUUCCUUGGUUUUACUCUGUAUGAAAACCAUUUGCACAGAAAUUAACAAUAUAAUAUAUGCUUAUUAUCAGUUCAGUGCUAAUAUUGUAAGACUAUAGUAUAGUUAAGCUUACUGUGUUGGGAAAUUUCUGUUUGUUUUUUGCAGCUUCAACAUGCCCUAAAGUUUUGGGAUUUUUGCAAUGCAUCUCAUGGAAUUAAAUAAUUGUGAGCAGUAUGACAUGCAUCUAGGUUGUUUACCUCACUGGAUAGAGUUUCUGUGAGCACUUUGCAAAGAAUCUUGGAUGCUGCCACCGCCAUGGUCUUGGCUUUGGAGCUAGAUUAGUGAUGCCUUACCAAUAUGGAUGCUACCGCCGAGCCUGAGGGUUUGGGCCAGUCCUCUCUGAUGCCAGUUCAGAUGUUUUUGAUUAUUUGCUCCUUAUCGGACCACUCAAGUGGGUUCAGGCUCAAGGCACCGUCUUUGUUCUGUUGCAAUAUUCAUUUGGAUCUCUCAAUUGUGAAGUACCAUCUUCUGCACUUUACUCUACUGGCACAAUGUUACUAAUUUGUGUUCUAUCUCAGUAUGCCAUUUAUCUGAAUUUUGUAUAGCUUGCAUAGUGCCUAGGUUCAUCAGCUAAUUCUGUUAUUUUUGUAGAUAUUCCAUAUUAUCAUUAGCAAGAUGAAGUCGCUCAAGUAUUGGCCACUACUAUUUGCAUUAGAUUCGCCUCAGAAUAUACCCUUUUCACUUGGAAGGAGGAAGUAGGUGUACUCAGUAAUGGUCAACUAUAAGCUAACGUAGAUGUUCUUUCAUUAACAAAGACAAAUGGCUUACUAUUGUCUAUAUUUCUAGAGCUUUGUUCCCAAUUGUCGUAUCUCAUUAUGUUUAUGAACUACUUGGCCAUAUUUCUUUACACUUUGUACUGAACUUGAUGCAAUAGAGUUCAAAUCAGUUGUCCUGAGCAAGCACCAUCCCUUGCUUUUGGUACACCUUUUGCCUUUAUGCUUUGCAGGAGCAGUAAAGUUGUAGGUCAGUUAUCUUGGGAACAACUAUACCUUGCUUUAGGUAUAUCCUUAAUCUAUAUGCUCUAUGCUGAACUCAGUUAUCCUUAGCAGCAGCUAUAUACCGUAUUUUUGGUGUAUCUUUAGUGUU